UUGUUAGCUACCCAAGCGACAUAAACCUGUGACAAAAGCCACAGUAUCCCGCUUAGGGUUGUGUAUGUGUGCAGUGGGGUGGACAGCUUAUAUUUACCCCACACAACACCUAAAUGGCUUCAAGGGCAUCAUCAAGACAUCCCGUGCCUCGACAGACAGCCCUACAGACAGCCCUACAGACUGCAGUGGCAACAACAGAAUGCACGAGCAAUGGCGCCAUCAGCUGGACUAUAUCGUCACUAUGCUCGGAUAUGGUAUCGGAUCCGGCACAUUCAUCAAGUUCCCUUUCUACUGCACAAGGAACGGUGGUGGUGCGUUUCUGAUACCCUUCCUGUUGUUCACCAUAAUUGGAGCCAUGCCAUGUGUCUACCUGGAGAUGGUCAUUGGUCAGUAUUCACAGAGUGGACCUAUCAACGUUUGGAAUCUGUGUCCGCCUUUCAAAGGUAUUGGUUUGGGCGGAGUCAUAUAUUCGUGGGUAUAUUGCACCUACUUCAGCGUCAUUUUCUGCUGGUUCAUGUUCUACCUCUACCAUUCCUUCUCCGACAACUUUCCUUGGAACAACUGUGACAACCACUGGAACACUAUUGCGUGCACAUCCUAUAAUUUAGAAAACACCACAUGGAAUAACAGCACCAGUUACCCGACUGUUAAUGAAACCGUUGGGAACGUUUCUUCAGGUUCCGAUGGAAUUAACGAUCACCUGUCCGCUGCUGAAGAAUUCUGGAGAUUCCAGGUGUUGCAAGUGAGCGAUGGUCUGGAGACUCUGGGUGGCAUCAGGUGGCCUCUUGCAGGGUGUCUGGUCGUCACAAUGGGACUUCUUUUUCUAUGGCUUUCUCAAGAAAUAAAAGUUGCCGGGAAGCUUGUGUAUGUCACCGUGGCUAUUCCCUACAUCCUUACCUUCAUCUUCCUCAUCCGUGGCUGUCUACUACCAGGAUCCGCAGAUGGGAUUUAUUACUAUAUCAACCCCAAUUUUGAAAGGCUCAAAGACCCAAGAGUAUGGAUCGAGGCACUUAGUUUGAGCCUGUAUUCUCUAGGUGUGUCUACAGGGUGUAUUGUGACACUGGCUGGCCACAACGUCAUAAGCAACCGCUGUCUCAAGGAUGCAAUAGUGACUUGCCUGGUAGAUGCACUGACCUGUGUAUUUGUUGGCUUCGCCUGUUUCUCCAUCAUUGGUCACAUCGCCCAUCUGCGUGGACUGUCUGUGGAGCACUUCCAGUCAUCAGGAUUCAAUCUUGCAUUCAUCGUGUAUCCUGAUUUCUUGUCCUCGCUUCCCUUACCACAGCUAUGGUUGGUGUUGACGUUCGUUACGUUGAUGUCACUCGCAAUUGAUACAUUGGUGCCACAAAUUGAUAUAAUAGUAGCAGCACUGGGAGACCAGUUCCCUCUACUGAGAAGACGACGUCGGUUUACCCUCUGUGCUGUUCUUUCCACAGUGCUACUGUUUGGCCUCGUAUAUGUCUCUCAGGGUGGGAUAUACGUGUUGACACUGGUGGACUGGUUUUCGUACUUCCCAGCCUUAGCGCUCUAUGCCCUGCUGGAGUGCGUCGUCGUGGGCUGGUGUUAUGGCACAAAGAGGCUGGAGGAAGAUGUCAGUAUGCUGUGGGGGGAGAAGAUACCUGGCUUCAUGCAUGUAUGCAUUCGGAUCGUGUGCCCUGUUCUAAUUCUGGUGAUAAUUGCCUAUUCCGGGUAUUCAUACCGAUCGCCCAAGUAUGGGAACUACAUCUUCCCAGCCUGGGCCAAUGUAGUUGGUUGGAUGAUAUCACUUGUAGCAGUCCUGCCUUUCCCCAUAGUCUUCACCUGGACGGUUGUCACCAAACGUGGGACUUCAGUAAAAGAGAAAAUUCAGAAGGCACUGGAACCUACUGAACAGUGGAAAAGUGCUCAUUGCGAGGACAGCAUCCACGAAAUGCAGCCAAUGGCGUGAACCUACCGUACAGUUAUCAGUAAUCAAUUCAUAUGUAUUCCAUAGUUGUUUUGCCUUACAUAAAAUGGAUUUUCGCACUU